AUGAGGAUAGACUGGGAAGGAUGGGAAGGGGAGACAGCCUCUGUGGAGCAGAGGCUAGCCAACUGUGGCCCCUUCUGCUGCUCACGCCGUGGGGCCUGCCUCUCGGCCUCCCUGCUGCUACUAAUGGCCAUGCUUGCUGCCUUGCUUGUCGUGGCCACCAUCCUCGGACGUCCACCCCACGGACCAGAGACCCAGUCCUGUGUGACACUGACCAACAGGACGGGCUUCUUAUGCCAUGACCGAAGGCACUGCAUCCCGGCCCACGGGGUGUGUGACGGCGUUCGCACCUGUCCCCACGGUGAGGAUGAGGAUGAAAGCUUGUGCCGAGAUGUGCCCCAGAGCCUCCCCAGCUUCCUCCUGGCCCACUGUGGAGACUCAGCCUCCUGGAUCUACUCGGACCAGAGAUGUGAUGGCAUUAACAACUGUGGGGACUGCUCAGACGAACUGAGCCCAGUAACCGCGUGCCCGCCGUGUGGCCCCGGCUGGUGGCGCUGCACUCCGAUCGUCUUCAAGUACUGCAGCUGUAUCCCCAGGGUUCUGUGCCGGGACCAUGUGCAGCACUGCUCUGAUUGGUCAGACGAGUACGCCUGUUCUGGACCCUGAGAGAGCCUCCCUCCGCAUCGCAGCGUGGAAGCUGGCACCAGGAACCUUUCACCAGAGCAUCAAACCCUAGACCACAAGGGCAGGAAGGAGCCUUUGACGUCAUCCAGUGACAUCUCCCCAUUGUCUCUAAACAGGAAUUAGCUUUCUCGUUUCUAGUGUCUCAGCCUCUACUUCAGCACCUCCGCUAACAAGGAGCUCACUGUCGUGUUAGACAGCUUCUAGCAAUGAGGUGAGUCUGCCGCCAUCAUUUUAUGCUCCUUGGCCUGAAGGUCCCAGUCUUAUCACCGUUUGGCGAGACAGACAAAUAAAUGUGUGACUUAAAUGUCAAGCAGAGGCAUUUAGCUCCCAUGGAUAGAAAAGGAAGCACACACAUUUACCAUCCAUUUGGUGCCUGAGACAGAACUGCUGAGCUCCAAGGCCACUGUAGCAUGUUGUUCAACUCACCAGCAGCCCCCAGCUGACCACGUGGGACUGUUCAUGGUAUUCCUCUAGCUCCCCAGUUUCCUGGAGGCUUGUGACUGUAGAAUGGGGGGCCUGGAGAGAAGAUCCGUGCCUUCAGCCUUGGCCCCGCUGCACCCCACACUCACCUGCGGGUUUAUAUUUUGGUCCUGAAGCCAGAGUGAGCCAUCCCCCUGCAUUCCUUCUAGCUUCAUAGUGCCUAGGCAGGCAAGGAUGGAUGUACUCAUUAGACAGAUAAGGAAAUUGAGGCCCAGGGAAUGACUUGCCCAGGAUUGACGCUGGAACUGGGACUUAAAGUCAGUCUGUGGAGCUCUAACCUUAGCGCCUUUCUCACACAUUGGCGGGGGGUGGGGGGCCUGUGUACAGGGGAUGGGUAUUAAAGAGGUAGCUUGACUGGGCGG